GCUCCAAUAUAGCCUCUCGCGCAAGUCCGCGGACGCCCGCCGGCAGCCCCCCGCCACCUUAGACGGGCGCCCCGCAGCCUACAGAAGGCCCCAAAAAAGCCCCGGCCCGCGCCGCGCCCCCGCGCCGCGCGCCGGGCAGCCGAAAGGCGCGCGCCGCCGAUGAUGCGCGCCGAGACGCGCCAGUCGACCGCGGCGGCCGCCGGACCGCCCGCGAGCGAGCCCCCGCCCCCGAAGGCCAACUUCGAGCCGGAAGACCGGCCGAAGAAGGAGCCCACGAAGCCCGAGGCGUUUUUGGCGCGGCAGCGCCAGCUCGGGAGCCUGGGCGGGAAGUGCGCCGGUAGUGUUGGAGAGAACAAGUUCUUGGUGGAGGUCGCCGUCGACGGGCGCGCGAGGUGUCAACUGCGGACGUGCAAGGAGCCUCUCAAAAUAGGAGAAUUACGUUUAGGGAAGCGGCCGCCGUCGCGACCUGUGUGGAAAUCAAUUCUUUACGAAGUGGUGAUGAACCGGCAUCGCCACGCCAUCGAGCAAGACGAUUCAGUACGAACGCGCCGUAACACACAGGUCGCUGCGCCACGGCCACAACCCCAAGGUCACGUGGUACCACCCGGAGUGCGCCAUGAAGGCCUUUCUCGCGUGCUCCGCCAAAAGCAGAGUAGUAGAGAAAGUCGAAGAUAUCGACCACGGCUGGGACGCGCUGUCUGACACGAACAAAGCCUUCAUUCGAUCCAUCGUCGACGGCGCGCCGAAGUCGCAAGCGCCGCGCAAAAUCCAACGGAAGCCGUCGCCGCCCACCGAGAAGAUCAACGAGACGGACGAGAGCUUGUGGGUGCCGAAGCGGGGCGACGACUGCUACAGUUUGUGGCGGGGAGUCUGGUACCCGGCGAAGAUCGUGAGCGUGAUCCGAGACACCUACGAGGUCCAUUAUAGUGGAUGGGGCACGCAGCACGACCACUCGACGUCGCGGAAGCACUUAAGACACAAGGACUACGACUUCGACCUCGACGACCCCAGCGCGCCGAAGCCGGCGCCCCAGCCCUCGCAACACAUCCUCCGGUCGAACCAGCAGCCCGAAAGUCCGGACGCCGGCCGCACGGGCUUGUACCGGUCGCCGGAAAAGGGCUCGGACGGCGCGCCGUUGCACAACAUGUUGGAUCUGUUCGCCGAAUCUUCGGAUGAGGAGGACGAGAAGGACUCGCGGAAAGCGUGUGAAUUGAGAAGGGUCGGCGGGCCCUGGCGGAGGUUUAGUUCGAGAAAAGCCGCCGCGAAGGCAUUUCCCGGUGCCAUUACCUCCUCCGACGUCUCGCGACUCAUCGCCGCCCCCGAUAAAUGUCCCCGCAGAGUGAGGGACGCCUUCGAGGCGAGGGAGGUGCGGUCCAUGAAGCGCUGCCCGGCGUGUGGGGUUGAGCGCGCCCAUCCCGCCAUGUUCCGCGACGACACCGGCCGCUCGACGAAGAACUGCAAGAAGUGCCCCCAGGAACUCGAGGAGAACCCCUACGCCAAGACCUAUGGCAAACGGCCCACGGCGCCGCCCACGGCCCAUUCGGCGCCGGGCCCCGCCUGGGAGCACCGUUCCGUACAAAAGCGCAAGCGGCCGGGCGGGCUGCGCGCCGCGCCGCCGACGAAACGGCGCGCCGAUCUGGGCUACGAGCCCUCCUCGUCGAAGAGUGGUGGUCUCAGGGACGUCCUCCAAGCGGCCCAAGCGCUCGCGCCGCCGCCGCCCGGCUCCAAGAAGACGGGCCCCGUGCCCGUGAAGUUGAGUGCGGUCAAGGUCAAACAAUUACUCAUGACGGACAAGGCGGACAUGAGAGGGGAAGAAUUGUGCGCCGCGUUGGACGCGGGCGGCCCGAACCAGACCCAGGACGACUACGGUAGAUGUGGUGGCAUGUUGAGUGGAAGGUUGGGGCCGAACAAGUUCUGCGUGGACUACGAGAGACAGAUCCGGUCGAAGUGUAAGCGGCUGCGGUGCAAGCGGUCGUUCAACGAUGGUGAAUUACGCGUUGGUAAAAUACCACCUAGGGCGAGAAAAGAUGUACCAGCUAGACGGGUCCACUGGUACCACCCCGCUUGUAUUUUCAAGAGCUUUGAGCGCGCUUCCAAAAAGACGAAGACGAUCGACACUGUGGAGGACAUGGAGGGCUUCGCCGAGCUCAAGGAGGCGGACAAGGCCGACCUGACCUCGCGCGUCGCGGCCUGGGUCGCGCGCAAGGCGGCGAUGAACGCCAACUACAAGCCCAAGAAGCGCAAGCGCCGGGGCGGCGACUGGCUGCCGUCGCCGACACAAUCCUUCGACAACACGGCGUCCUUUGAUGAUGGAGAGGAGGACGACGGUGAAGAGGAGGCCGACGAGGAGGCUGUGGACUUGCUGGUGGGCCUCACGCAGCAGCGGCCCGCCGUCGCGCGGUCGCCGCACGACGAGGGCGCGGCCGAGCUCCUCGCGGCGCUCGCCGGGUCGCCGCCGCCUCCAUCAAACGCGGCGGCGCCCUCCUCCACUGAAACGUUCGCCGUCGGCGACGUCGUCGAGGCGAAUUUUGAAGGCGCGGGACACUGGUACCCCGGCAGAAUUGCGUCGUUGGACUCCGGGAGCUAUGAAAUUGCCUACGACGACGGCGAGAGCGAGUCGGGCGUCUCGCCGGCCGACGUGCGGCGCGCGCCGGCGCCGCCCCCCGCGGGCGGCGGUUAUGUGGAUGCGGUCCUCACGGCGCCGCCGGCAUCAACAGAGGAGAUCGCGCACUCCGAGGCCCCGAAGCCCGCCGAACCCCCAUCCACGGUCAUCACGCCCCCCGCGACGCAGUCGCGGCCGCAGCUCGACGACGAGAAGGAGCGGCUGCGCCUCGAGCGAGACGCUGCUCGUAGAGAGCUCGAGGCCCUCAAGGCGCAGCUAGCUCAACAAUCCUCCUCUGCUUAACAACACAC